UGAAGAUGGCGCUCCUUCUCUUCUCGCCUGCGAUGCCAAGUGCAGAGUUAGCCCUAACCUCCACAUACAAGCACCUUGCCUUCCAGCUUUGUCUGCAGCCGCCCUCUUAUUUAUUUACUUACUUACUUCCUCCGCUCAAAGGCCUCUUCCAUCCCCUCUUCCCAUGGCACGUUUUUAGUAUAGAAGCAGGUGGACAGAGGCUGAGUGGAUUUGGGAAUUAGGCUCUCUAUGGACAUCAGUGUGAGGCGGAGAGAGAGAAAGAGAGAGAGUGGGAGCAGUAUAAUGUCCACUCUACAUUUGCAUCACUGAGGUUGAAGAAGAAUUUAAUAGGACAACAUCAAAACACAGACAAUGUAUGGGUUUAUAAACAGCUGCCUCCAGUCUCUGGUGAUGGAAAAGUUUGGCCAGAAGACCUGGGACAAACUGAGAUCUCUACCAGGGGUCCAGGAUACCUUCAUGACAUAUACAGUUUACGACGAUAUCCUAACCCUCAGCCUGGUGCAGGAGGCCUGUUCACUGCUGGAUGUCCCCGCUGAUGUAUUUCUUAAGCUUUUUGGAGAACAUUUCUUUACUUUUUGUAAGCAAGCGGGCUAUGACACCAUGCUGAGGACACUGGGAGGAAAUCUCAUUGAAUUCAUAGGAAAUCUGGAUGCUCUCCAUAGUUACCUGGCUCUGUCCUAUCAGGAAAUGAACGCACCAUCUUUCCGAGUGGAGAUGACAGACGAUGGGAAGAUGCUACUUCACUACUAUUCUGACAGGAAGGGCCUGUACCAUAUUGUACCUGGUAUCAUAGAGGCAGUUGCCAGAGAUUUUUUUAAUAGCAAAGUGACCAUGGUGGUUCUCAAUCAAUCAGAGGAAGAUGAGCGGACAGGGAAGAAGGAGCACGUUGUGUUUCUGGUCAAAGAGACCCACCAAGCUAGCAAGACUAGAGACCAGGACCAUUCCAGUUACAGAGAGGGGGCAUUAAGAGCAAUGAGAGAGAGGUGUGUGUCACUGGCUGGGGAAAAGAGUGGCUGGGAACUGAUCAGAGCUGUGGUUCUCUCAGAAAAAGGCCACCUCCAGUGCACCUUCAGUCCACAUUACCCAAACAAGCUGUGGAUGGAAGAGAAAACUUUCUGCAACACUUUUCCCUUCCAUAUUGUCUUUGAUGAAAAUCUGAAGGUAAGGCAGGCAGGAGUGAACCUACAAAAGUUUGUUCCAGGUCUCCAGGCCCGAGAUGCUACAGUGGACCAAUACUUCACCAUUAUACACCCACAGGUGGCUUUUACCAUUGAGAGCAUCAGGAUAUUCAUCAACAGUCAGUUUGUCUUGAAGAGCUACACAGACAAACACACCACGCUCAAACUAAGAGGUCAGAUGUUGUGGAUGGAGUCUCUUGGCUGUAUGCUGUACCUGUGUUCUCCGAAGCUACGAAGCCUCCAGGAGCUUCAAUAUGUCGGCCUCCACCUGGCCGACCUGGCCCAGCACGACGUCACCAGAGACCUGGUUCUUCUUAACCAGCAACGUUUAGCUGAGAUGGAGCUCACCAACCAGCUGGAGAGGAAAAAAGAGGAACUGAGAAUCCUGUCGCGGCACCUUGAGAUUGAAAAAGAAAAGACAGAGACUCUGCUGUAUGCCAUGCUGCCACGCCACAUAGCCAAUCAGCUUAAAGAUGGGAAGAGCGUAAAGGCAGGGGAGUUUGAGGUGUGCACUAUUUUGUUCAGUGAUGUGGUAACCUUCACAAACAUCUGUGCUGCCUGUGAGCCCAUCCAAAUUGUUCACAUGCUCAACUCCAUGUACUCCAAGUUUGACCGGCUCACCACUGUACACGACGUCUACAAGGUUGAGACUAUUGGUGAUGCAUACAUGGUGGUGGGUGGCAUCCCAGUCCCUACAGAAACCCAUGCUCACAGAGUGGCAAACUUUGCUUUGGGUAUGAGGAUAGCAGCCAGAGAGGUCACCAACCCCGUAACAGGCGAGCCCAUACAGAUCCGUGUGGGUAUGCAUAGCGGUCCAGUGUUAGCUGGGGUGGUGGGAGAGAAGAUGCCUCGCUACUGUCUGUUUGGAGACACUGUUAACACUGCGUCCAGGAUGGAGAGUCAUGGAGUCCCUGACCACAUUCACAUCAGCACUCCCACAUAUAGUGAACUGAAGAAUUCAGGGUUCAACAUACAAGAGCGUGGGCAGAUUGAGGUGAAGGGCAAAGGCCAGAUGACCACUUACUUCCUGUUAGGGAACCUGCUGGUGUCAGAAGAUAGCAUCAUGGGACGAGAGGUUGGAGAAACCCUUCUUUACAUGGAGGACCUUCAUGGCAAGAGCAAAACAGAGCCUGACAAAGAGCCUGAUGUGAGAACUAAGACUGAGCAGAGGAACACACUCUCAGAUGGAGUCAUCGCCUCGGACCUCAGCCGCUUAGACGCCAUCACUCCCUUUGCCUGGGACAUCACCUCGCCGUAUGAGACCAACGAGAACAGCUACAACACACCUGCAAAGAGCAGACUGUGUGUCUUACUCUGACUUAGAACCCUCUCAGCCUGAUAUAGCUCAUUAAAAUUUAACAGAAGAUGACGGCAUACAUCUCAUCUCUGUGCAGUCUAAAAGGACUUGGGUGUGAGAGCUGCUUUUAAAAACAAAAUGAUGUAGUAGUUAUGAACUAUGCCUACCGGUCGAUGAGGUGGAAAAGGUGCCUUGUCAGCAGUUGCUUUUUUUGCUUUGGAUGACCGUCUGCAAACAGGCACGAUUCUCCUUGUUGUGGGUUCAGUCUGUCUCCAAAAUGCCUGUAGAUGUCAGUAGCUGGCAAAUCUGAAAGAGUGAAAUAAAAUGAUUCCUCAUUGCCCUAGUAGAUCUGAA